AUGACGCCUCUCGCAUCUCCCGGUAUCCGGAAUCUCUCAGCCACGGAUAUAAUUUCUGCUAGCAAACCUCCACAAAGGGCCCGGCGUCGAAACCGGGCGAUCCAAUCAUGCCUUGAGUGCCGUCGGCGGAAGAUGAAAUGUGAUAGAGAAAAUCCCUGUCAGAACUGUCACGCAUCGCAACAACAAUGCAUCUAUGUCACUUCAGCAAACGCAGAUGCCAAGAUUUGUCAACGGUUGAAUGAGAUAAAAGAGGCCAAAGAUGCAAUCGAUAACAGUCUCAGAGUAGAUCAACUGAAAUCCACAACAAAAGGUGGUGGCCCACGGCGAAAGCGAACUAGAAAGCCCGAAGAGCCCGUGAGCCAUGAUGAUGAUGAUGAUGAUGAUUGGGAAACUUCCGCCGAUGACGGGCAUUUGGAGCCAACGCCGCUGGCAGUGCAAGAUGCAGCCUACGCGGACGAAGCUGACGAUGAUGUAGAAGAUCUAGGCUUCAGAAUUGGCAGAUUGAGGAUGGGAGAGAGGAUCGGAGGCUACUACCGUCCACGGAUUGCAGACGAGAUAUUACUUUCCCUUCAACAGAAUCCAAAUCCCAGAGGUUCUUCUCCUCCCUCAAUACUGUCACCGAGAAAGCCUAGUAUAAUAGAAGACUAUUUGCGACCAGGGCCGUAUUUCAUGGUGCCUUCUAUCAAUUUGCUGUUUACUCAGGCUUCUUCGGGGGAUGAUUUGACUCGGUAUCUGCCCCCUCGCAGUGCUUCAGACUCGUUGAUGGAAUGCUAUUGGGCUGCGGUUCAUCCAGUGUCUCGAGUUGUCCACCGACCUUCUUUCGUUCAACGAUACGAAACUCUAUGGGAGACAAUAGAGAAUGGGCAUCGGGUGGCCCCAUCGCUUGCAGCAAUUGUUUACUCCAUUCUAUUCUCUGCUUCAGUUGCAAUGUCCGAAGAACAGGUUUCAAAGCUCUUCCAAACCUCGAAGCAAUGUCUGAAGGAUAGCUUGCAACUGGGUACUGAGCUAGCUCUCGGUCAAGCCCAGCUGCUUAGAGCGAGCAAGUUGGAGACUUUGCAGGCAUUCGUUGCAUACUUGCUCCCAAUGUGUCUCAAUGAGAUAUCUCGCGCUCACUCCUCUUUGACCGGUAUGCUGAUUCGACUGGCCGAGUGCAUGGGUCUGCACCGUGACCCUACUGAGUUUGGAUUUUCUCCCACCGAAUGCCACACUCGACGCCUAGUCUGGUAUCAAAUCUGCUAUCUCGAUCUCAAGACAAGUGCCAUCCAAGGACCGCGCCCAUUCAUUCAGACAGACGGAUAUACGACUCAACUUCCUCUAGACGUGACUUCAUUGCAAACAUCCACCACCACCACCACCAUGAAUAAGCCACCAGCGUGGAACGACCUGAUAUUCUCCAUGAUUCGAUUCGAAUGCCAGGAAAUGACUCGGCAAAACAUAGCAUUGCGCAAUAGACUCGACCAAAAGAAGAUUAGCCUAACCAAAGUGCUAUCCAAGAUCGAGGCUUUCCGCAUUGAAAUGAAUGCCAAAUACGGUGCUUUUCUCCACGUACCGUCCCCAAAUUCAAUGCAGAAAAUGGCCAGUCUCGUGCUCAAGCUUUUCACAAGCCUGUUAUACGUCAACAUCCUGAAUCGCUACAUGACCGGCGUCGCAUAUCAGAUCCCCGACAGGUUGCGCCAAAUAGCGCUGACCAAGGGCACCGACGCCUUGGAAGCCGCGGUCGAGUUAGAAUCAGCAAAGGACCUUCAGAAAUGGGCGUGGUACAGUUCUUCCUGGCAGGAAUACCACACUGCAUUCCUCUUGCUUCUCGAGGUUUUCUUGUUCCCGAUGCGCAAGGAAUCAAGCCGCAUAUGGCGUUGUCUGGACUUUAUAUUUGCAGACGUUAUCUCGACGCUGCCCCCUCCAUUGCAACAAAAGCGAGCGGCGCAGAGCAGCAUCCAAGAGAGUGUUGCACAGCGAGAUACGAAAGCGAGGUAUUUGCUGCUGAUGAUUGUCGAGCACAUGCGCGCUUACCAAAGGGCGAAAGGAAUCAAGACUCCAGUGCGGUUCAAGGACUCGAUGAUUGUCGUUCCGCCACAAAAUGGGGGCGAUGAUUCCGAACCUAGGAUGCCACCCAUCUAUACAAACGUGGAGCCAAAAGCAGAAUGCAAUGCUCGAUAUGCUGCAAGUGGUGUCGUGUCUGGCGAUGCCGAAGUACCGUCACAAAUACCCACAGGACUGCCACCUGUCAGCGAGUACCUGAAUACUCCCAGCAAUACAAAUGAUACUUACGGGACUACUACUUCCGGAGAAUUCCCUCCUUGGGCGCAGUUCGAAGAUUCAUUACUUGAGAAUCCGAUUCUUCACCAUAACCCCUCAACGGACACAACUGUGCAUGGCGGAAUGAAUGGACAGCCGGAUUACAUAGAUUCACAGAUGCUAGAGAUCGACUGGAACCUUUGGAAUACCCUAUUCCCCCCACAAAUCAACGAUGGCAACCUGGACAUCCACGAGGAUGGCUUAUACGUUUUUGACCAACGGGGAUUCUAG